CCCAAAACUGAGUUCUCUUUUAGAAAAAAUUUUUCAAUCGACUUCCUAGUUGAUCACCUCCCUCCAAUCUUGCCGACCUCGGAACAUCCCAGAAUAUUCAUUUCUUAAUCAAUAAGUUUAUUAUUAUCAAAAAGAAAACAAAACAGAUUUUAUUUGUGAUAAAUAUAAUUAAAUAAAAUAGUUGAAAUGAAUAAUUUAUUUAAGAAUCAAAUAAAAAAUCAGUUAGGAAAUAAGUAAAUAUAUGUUGGUUUUUUAAUUCUAGAAAAUGUUAAUAAUAUCUAAUGAAACAAGUCAAAUUGAACGAAUUGUUGUUAAUAUUGAUAAUUCUCUUGAAUGUUUAUUAAGAGAAAUUCGUUAUAUAACUGGUGAACCUCUUUAUUCAAAAAUUCCACCAAAAUUUCGUGAAUUAAUUCCACUUUUAGAGAAUGAAAGACUUCUUCGUUUAAAUGUUGAACGUCUUCGAUCAAUAGCAAGUAAAUAUAAUUAUUUAAUUGAACAUAUGGAUUUAGAAGAAAGACUUAUUUUUGAACCAAAAUUAAAUAAAAUUGAUCAAGUUAUAAAUCGUGGUUUAAAUGAAAUAACAUGGAAAACUCUUUAUUUAUCUGAUUAUAUUGAACAAGCAUAUGGUUUAAUAAAUCUUGAUGCAGCAAAAGCACUUGAUAUUGUUCAUCAUGAUGUUUCAUCUAUUAAACAAAUGGCUUUUAAUUGGUCUCUUAUUCAAGCUGAUAUUUUUAUUCCAUAUCAAUUAUAUACAUUUCAACAAGCACUUCAAACACAUAAAAAUGUUCAAUCAAAAUUUAAUGAAAAAUUAAUAAUUGAUGGUCAUAGAAUUCAUUUUUUAGUUGAUAAUAUAGCUAAAGUUGUUGCUGUUAGUUCAGCAUCUCCAUCUUGGUUAAAUUAUUUAGAUUAUUUGAAUUCACUUAUUUUAAAUGGAAUUAAAGCAACAAGUUUAAUUACAAUGAAAAAUAUGUUACUUGCUAUGACUAAUCAAGAUCAACAAUUUAUAAGUAUAGUUGUAGAAUUGAAUGAUUGUCAAUUAUCAUUUGAACCUCCACUUGUUCCAUUAACAAGUGAAUUAAGUCUUGGAGAAAUGUUAAUUGAAUGGAUUAAUUCAUAUAUUAAUCGUGGAGAUUUAAUUUAUGUACUUGGAGAUGAUAAAACAAGAAAUUAUUCUCAAUUAAUAAAUCAAGAUUCAUUAAUUAUUGAAUUACGUGAAAAAUUAACUAUUUUAAUUGAAGAAACUUGUUUAGAAUCAUUAAAAUUAUUUGAAGCUUUUUCUCAAUAUUCAUUUUUAUAUAAAUUA